CACCUCUCAACUAUUUCAAAAAAAGCUUCAACCUUUACUCUCUCUCUCUCUCUCUCUCUUCUUCGAAUUGGAAGACAAAACCUUUCUCUGAUUCUUACCAAACCCCAAACUCACCUGAAAAUGAAAAACCCAGAAAAACCCAUACUCCUGUUUCUAAUCCUAGCUUCAACCUUAGCAUCAACCGCCACAUCAAAAUCAACAAUAGAACCCUGCGCAACAACCUCCACAUGCAACUCCUUCCUCGGCUACACACUCUACACAGACCUCAAACUCACAGAACUCGCCUCCCUCUUCCAAACAAACCCAAUCUCCAUCCUCCUCUCAAACUCAAUCUCCACCUCCUCCCCCGACGUCGAAACCCACGUCCUCCCUUCCCACCUCUUCCUCAAGAUCCCAACCCUCUGCUCCUGCGUCGACGGCAUCCGCAAAUCCACCUCCACUCGUUACAAAACCAGAACUUCCGACACGUUGGAGUCAAUAGCAGACUCUGUCUACGCCGGUCUUGUCUCCCCGGAGCAGAUUCAGGUGGCGAAUCCGGGGGUUGAGUCUAGGGCUGUGGAUGUUGGGACGAGUCUUGUGAUCCCUUUGCCUUGUGCUUGCUUUAAUGGGACCGAUGGGGAUGUUCCCGCGGUUUAUUUGUCGUAUGUGGUGAGAGGUGGGGAUACGAUGGAGGGGAUUGCGAGGAGGUUUUCGACUACUGUUGCGGAUUUGACUAAUGUGAAUGCUAUGGGGGCUCCUGAUAUUAAUCCUGGUGAUAUCCUCGCUGUUCCUUUGCUUGCUUGUGGUUCAAACUUCCCAAAAUACGCUACGGAUUACGGACUGAUCAUUCCAAAUGGAAGCUAUGCUCUCACCGCAGACCACUGUGUACAAUGCAGCUGUUCACUCGGAAGCCGCAGUAUGUACUGUGAGCCAGCUUCUUUAGAUGUCUCUUGCUCUAGUAUGCAAUGUAGAAACAGCAAGUUCAUGCUAGGGAACAUCACUUCUCAGGAGACUAGUGCUGGUUGUAAACUCACUACUUGUACUUACAAUGGUUUCGCUAAUGGCACUAUCUUGACCACGUUAUCAAGGUCUCUACAACCUCGAUGUCCUGGACCUCCACAAUUAGCGCCCCUUAUAGCUCCACCUGAUACUGUUCCAAAGGAGCUGAUGUAUGCACCUUCUCCUUCACCUGCACCUUCACCUUCACAUGCACCGGAGUCUGAUGGUAUUGUUAGUGGAGGACCCUCCUCCGCAGUUGCAGCUGCACCAAGAGGACCUACGGUUGCUUCAAGCAGUUCUAUUCCGGGCAAUCCAGCUAAUGGUCCUGCAGGGAGUGUCUCUUUUGCUUCUUGCCCUUCGAGCUAUCAUGCAUUCAUUGUGUUCUUGAUCGCCUCUGCUUCUUACUCCUUUGUAAUAUUGGUUUAGUGCAAGAUGAUAUAUUACCAUUACUCUUUGUUCUUUUGUUUGGUACUUUGAUAAACCUCUUGCAAGCAGC